GUUUGCAUUGACAGCAACAAACAUGGCGGCGGAUGGAGAGUCUUUGGAGUCCUGGCUCAACAAAGCCACCAACCCCUGCAACAGACAGGAAGACUGGGAGUAUAUAAUGGGAUUCUGCGAUCAGAUCAAUAAGGAACUGGAAGGUCCACAGAUAUCCGUCCGGCUGCUGGCACACAAGGUCCAGUCUCCUCAGGAAUGGGAGGCCGUACAAGCUCUGACGGUCCUUGAGGCUUGCAUGAAGAACUGUGGUCGGAGGUUUCAUAACGAAGUUGGGAAAUUUAAGUUUUUAAAUGAGUUGAUUAAGAUAGUUUCACCCAAAUACCUCGGAGAUAAAGUUUCAGAGAAAGUGAAGAGGAAGGUUAUAGAGAUGUUGUUCACUUGGACAGUGUCUCUGCCGGACGAGGCAAAGAUCUGUGAAGCCUAUCAGAUGCUGAAGUCACAAGGCAUCGUCCUAGCGGACCCAGAGGUCUCUGCUGAUGCAGCGUUGAUACCACCUCCUUCUCCACGACCCGACAAUCCUGUAUUUGACGAUGAAAAGAAGAGUGUGAAAUUAGCAGAACUUCUGAAAAGCAAGAAGCCCGAAGACCUGCAGGAAGCCAACCAGCUCAUCAAGAACAUGGUCAAGGAGAAUGAAGCGAGAGCACAAAAAGCAGCGAAACAGAAAAACAGUUUGGAGGCCGUCAACAGCAGCGUCAAGCUCCUUAAUGAGAUGCUCGCUUACUUCAGCCCAGAAGACUCGACUGAAGGAGAUAAGGAGCUCAUUAAGGAACUGUAUCGGGAUUGUGACAAACACAGGGAAACGGUUGUCAAGCUCGCCACGGAGACGGAGGAUAAUGACGGCUUCUUGGGAGACAUCCUGCAGGCCAGUGACGACCUCUCCCAUGUCAUCGCUUCCUGUAAGAAACUUGUGGAAGGACUCGCCAUCAACGGAGACGCCGAAGCGGUACAAGACGAACGAGCAGCGGCCAAGAAAGUGACUGGAAGCACGAGUCAGUCGGAGGUUCUGGUGGACCUGCUGGGUUUGGACCUCCACAGCCCCCCUCCACCCGAGCAGGAGCCCGCAGCAGCUUCCCGGGCUUUUCCAGCCGACCUGCUGUGUGGAUCGGCGCCCGCUGACCCUCGGUCCGAGUGUGUCAACGUACCUGCGUCAACGCCGUCUCUGCUGGACGACGAGCUGCUGCUUUUAGAUCCCUGUCAAACCGGCCCUGGAAAUGAGAUCAUUCACGUGCAAACUGUGCAGCUUCCCUGUGAAGAUUCGGGUCUCUUGGACCCCGGUCCGUCUUCCGUUGCUGCGUUCUCUGCAGCUUCGCUCCUCCUAGACUCUGCAGCGGCGGCCUCCGGUGGUCCCACCAGAACGUCUCCAGCGGACUUCCCCUUCUUCCCCACUCCGCUGCUUUCUUCUGCAGUCGCGGUCCAACGGUUUCCCGGUUCAGCGCCGGCCGGCGUGGCUCGGUCCGCUCUUCCACCGCAGCUCUGCUCUUUCCCCGGAGUCUCCCGGUCGCCAUCGUCUCCCCUCGGCCACGGUUCCCACGACCUCCCCAUGCUGGACCUGGGAGACAUCGAUUACCCCGCCGGCCCGUCCACCUCGGCUGCCUCGCUAACGGCCGCGGCGAUGCGAGGGCGGCCGAGUCCCCCGACCACCACGACCCUGGCGGACGUGAAGCCGCUGGCAGACGCUCUGGUUCUCCCCGUGAGCCCGACCGGCGCCGCCGAGGGAGCGGAGGCGUCUCUGGCCGCCGUGUUCGUACCGCUGGAGGCCGUCAAGCCCAGUCAGGUCUCCCCCGUAACGGUUUAUGACCGGAACGGCGUCCGUGUCCUGCUGCACUUCGCCACCGAGUGUCCGCCGGGUCGGCCCGACGUGCUGGUGAUGGUGGCGUCGGUGCUCAGCGCCGCCCCCCAUCCUGUCAGGAACGUGCUGCUGCAGGCCGCCGUCCCCAAGAUGAUGAAAGUGAAGCUGCAGCCUCCGUCAGGAUACGAGCUGGCUCCGUAUAAUCCCGUUCACCCUCCCGCUGCCAUCACUCAGGUCAUGCUGCUCGCCAAUCCUCUGAAGGAAAAUGUUCGGAUGAGGUUCAAGCUGACCUUCAUGCUGGGAGAGCAGCCGUUUACGGAGGUGGGGGAGGUGAGCGGCUUCCCGCCCGCCGACAGGUGGGGCGCCCUGUAGCGCUGGGAGUCCCAGGUCUACGAAAAAACGGUCAGAACCGGCUUUCGUAGACGGUUUCAUCAGAUCAAAAACUCAAACGAGCCUCGAGGAGUUUCACGAGGCCGAAGCAGAACUUUGACCAGAAGGAAACGUUAAGAACUUGUUGAACACGGAUGAAGGUUUGUCGUCGACAGAUUUUAAGUUAUUGUAAAGUUGUUACUACUGUUAUAUCUUUUUGUAGUUUUUAUUUAAUAUUUAUAUCUGGUCUCUGGUGAGGCGGUUACUGAGGUCGUCCUCUGAUCAGUAUUCAGUCCUCGGUGUCCGUUACAGAGAGACCGCUAAUGUGACACCGCGGCCAUGUGGUCAUGUGAUCAUGUGAUCACAGCCUCUUGCUUAAAGGAGACCUAUUCUGGCAUCUAAUACCUAUUUUAAACAGGCCUCGAAUGUCUUAAAAACAAGCUUUUGAUUGUUUUUGCUAAAUAAAUUAGAAUUUCAGCCUCUAAGCCAUGUCUUUAUCUUCCCAUUCUCUAACCUCAUUAUCUAUGCAGGAUUCUGAGUGGGCGGGGCUAUGAUAAUGAGGCUCUGUGCUGAUUGGCUGCCUGAAUGACGCAAUACACCGCUACGGAAAAAGUUGUUAAAAAGUAAGGGCAGUAAAGUACAGCAGGUACAUCUCAUUCUUAAAAUGCAAGAAUUACGUUUCUAUACGGUCAAAAUGUACAAAGACCGGGUCAAAUACAGGAUUACAAAAGUAAUCUGUAACAAUUUGUACGGUGAAUUAAACCAAUUUGACAAUUCUAUGCAAUGCCUGUUUCCAGGUCUUAUUUCACACACCUGACAAGAAUAAAGUCAUUAAAAGAGAUAAGUUCCUGUAGUUUCAAGUCCUUUUGCAACAUGUUCCACGGAGAAGGGGCAGGAAAGACAAAAGCCCUCCCCCCCAGCUCAGUGAAACAGAUUGUUGCUUGAACGCAAAUCAUAAGAAUCAACAUUUCUCUGUGUGAUAAAGUUGCAACUGUAAGAGGGCGGUGGUCCAAACAUGGACUUGAGCAUCUAAAAGGAGCUCACUGGGGAAGAACGUGGCCUGUGAGGCCUUUCUGAGGCAAACUGCAUCCAAAAUCCUCCUUUGCUUUGAUACACGGGAGAUAAGUU